CAAACAGAGCAAGCUCCGAUCCCACUGCGUCUCGAUAAGCAUUGAUGCAUUUGCCUGCUCGUUGAAUUUGCGUAAAUUUAAUUCAACAUUCGUGCGGCGAAACCAAAGACUGUGCCGAAGUACAUAAAAACGGGCAUCUUGAAUGUUGAUCAUGUACGACCAAAUGCAAGCCGAGAGGAGCUCUUUCGCAGCAACUUGAUACUCUUUCUCAAUCUAGCGUAUAUGCCCCCUUUACAGAGCGGAGUGUGCAAGAUGCCACAACAACAGUCGUCUCCUGCAACCCCAUCACCACAUCGCUUCCUAGCAAAAGCACAGCAGAGGGCCGAGAUGUCAAAAUCAGAUGAUGCGUCGAAGCCAAAAGCAAGGAUACACCCGCUAAGGGCAUCCGGCCCUGGUCUGGAAAGACGAGCGCCAAAGUUCGUAACCAAAGCGGCUGUUGCACCUGUGUCCGCAACGCAGAUGCCGCAAUUUGCAACCGCACCACGGUUCAGUUUUGCACGUUCGCCCGCAACGAAAAGACCGCGACUCGAAGAUGAAGGAGCACAGUUCGCAACACCGCGACGCUUCAUCUCGGAGGCGCUCACGCCUCUUCACAUAGAAGCUGAUGACGAGGAUGUCCCAAUAGAUCGUGAAGAAAACGAGGCCAGUUUGAACAAGUCAAGCAAAUUGCCACACCCACCUCCAUAUCUAGACGCACCACUGCCAGCUCCACAGAUCAAAGACGCGUCGCCUCCAUCACCACUCCCCCGUCGGCCUGCCUUUCUAAAGCUUGCUUCGCCGACUAACCCAGAGCCUAUAGAGCCACUCCCAGAAGCAUUUUCUCCUCACAGGCGAGGCCAGAAAUUCAUGUCCGGAGGAAUGGCAUCCGCGGUACGUCAGUGGAUCUUGGAUGCGUCGCAGCUGUCCACGCAUGCCAGGCGCUCGUUGCGAGGGGAGGAGAUUUGGCGCGUGCGCAUAGUUGAAAGCACGGAUAAACCCCGCCGUCAUAUGACACUUGUGAAGGGCGUCACGGAAGAGCAAAAGGAAGUUAAACUAAUGCUUCCGUGCGCGGGGAAGAAGAAGGGAUUAAGUGAAACUAUAGUUGAAGGAUCUGUUAUCGCUAUUAAGCGACCCACAUGGGAUGUGGUGCUAGAUCAGAUGGGCUGGGUUGUCGCUAUCGAUUGGAACAUAGAAAACCCAGUCAUGGGGUAGAACGCGUACAGAUGCAGUGAUGGACGUAGAGCUCAUUCUGUGAAUUUCAAUGAGUGGGGACAUCGGGUUAGGAUUCGAUGUGAUCGCUCACUUCCAGAUUCAACAAGGAUACUAGAUGGAUUACGAAAACAUUUUGCGAGGCUUUGUUGAACGAAGCCAUGCCAUUUGUCCGCUGCACGAAUCCUAGGAAAGUUGAAUUUCUUUUAGCUCAUCUGCUUCAGUUUGACUGUCAUCAUAUCCUUUUCAGUGCUGUUGUACGUUCAGCAUUUCAAGAUCUUAUGCUGCUGUCGUACAACGAUGUUACAAAAAAUGGCUCUGAUCUUUUGCGAACAUGUUACACAACGAUCGUGUCCUGACCCCAGAGAUAAUCCACGAUGUUUUCCAGGGGUUUUUACAGUAAC